AAUAAGUUUGCUUCAAUUAAAUCUUGUUUUUAUUGUUCUAUUUUACAUUAGUGAGCCUGCUACAGCACUGCUAUGAACGGAAUAUUCUAUCUUUCCUUGAUUCUAUUUGUGAAUGGUAUCAGCGGUGGCUAUGUUGAUAUGACAGGAGCACCAGUUGCGAAUGCAACCGAAGAUGCUGCUGCAAAUGCAACAGCUCCUGCAGAUCCAGCUGGAAAUUCAACAGCACCUGCCGCUCCUACUGCUGCUAACUCAACGGUAGAUGCAGCUCCUGAAGAUGCUAAACCUAAUAACGCAACUGCUGAUGCUGCUGGAGCUGGCAAUGCAACAGCUGAUGCUGCUGGAGCUGCCAAUAAAACAGGGAAUGCUGGAGCUGCUAAUGCAACAGCUGAUGCUGGAGCUGGUAACGCAACAGCUGACAGUGGAGCAGCAAACGCAACAUUAUAUGCUGGAGCCGGAGCAGAUAAUGCUACUGCUGAUGCAGGAGGAGCAAAUGCAACAGCUACUGCUGGAGGAGCAAAUAAAACAGCUGAUGCCGGAGCUAAAAAUGCAACAACAGCUACAGCAACUAACGAAACUGAUGCUGCUCCAACUGCUCCAGCUUCUCCAGCUGCUCCAGCUGCUCCUGAAGAUGCUGCUGCUUCUGAGGAUAGUGGUGAAUCUUCUGAAGGUGCAGAAUCUUCUGAAGCCGCUGAAGCAGCUGAGGCUGUGGAAGCUGCCACAGCUGCUGAAACUGGUGGGAAAGAAGCAAAGCCCAAAGGCUAUGCAAGUAAAGGAAAGCAUGGGAAAGCAGCUGCGAGAAGAAGACGAUUUUAAACAGAUUGUAGGUUAAUGCACUAAUGAAUAAACAGAGAAUGAUCGAAUUA